AUGUCAGUAGAUCCUUUCAUAACAUACGCUGUGAAAACAAUCGGCGAUUUGCUGAUUGACGAAGCGAAAUUCCUCUACGGCGUCAAAGGCAAGGCCGAGGAACUUCAAUCCGAACUAAGUAGAUUACAAUGGUUCUUAGAAGACGCUGAGAAGAAAACAACCGAGAAGGACAGGUUCCAACAGUGGAUCUUUGAAGCCAGAGAAAUGGCUUUUGCCGCUGAAGAUUUUCUCGAAGGCUACGCUUUCAAAGUUGCAUCCACUAGGGAUGCAGGUUUGGCUUAUGUCGUCGUCAGAAGAAGCAUUUUCAUCUUGAAUGACUGUUAUCGCCGACACAAAACCGCGUCAAAACUGAAAUCUCUGCUCCAAAAGGCGUCCAAGCUCCAGAACAGCUUACAAGCGUAUGGAGUAAGAGACGUAAUAGAGAAUGAAGGCUCAAGUUUAAGGCCACAGCUUCUGAGGAGGACGUAUUCCUUUGUCGAAGAGGAUGACUUUGUCGGGUUGGAGGAUGAUGUGGAUCUGCUGGUGAAGCAUUUGGUGGGCACAGAUGAUCAGAACAUUGCCAAUCACAGAGUUGUUUCCAUAUUCGGGAUGGGCGGAUUAGGAAAGACGACGCUGGCCAGAAAAGUGUACAACCAUCCAAGUGCGAAACGCCAUUUCAGUAGAUUAGUCUGGAUUUGUUUGUCCCAACAAUGGCAAGCGAAGGAUCUGUUGCAGCGGAUAAUGAUCAGGCUCGUCCCUGAAAAGAAAAAGGAGAUUGAAAUGUAUUGGAGAGAAGAGGAGCUGAUCAGGGAACUUUGGGAGAUUCAACAGCAAAUGAAGUGUUUGAUAGUUCUUGAUGAUAUUUGGACUACUGAUGUUUGGGAAUCUAUUAAGAAUGCCUUCCCAAUGAGACAGGCUGUUGGUAGCAAAAUUUUGCUAACUACUCGUAUUCGAGAUGUGGCGCUACACAUUGACCCUGAUGGCUUCCACCAUCAACCUCGACUUCUAAACGAGGAUGAAAGCUGGAACUUGCUCCGAAGAAAAUCACUUAGACAAAGAUCUAAUGCAGGGCACAUCAUGAGCACUAACCAGAAUGAACUUGAAGAAUUAGGAAGAAAAAUGGCUACAUGUUGUGGUGGUCUUCCAUUAGCCGUGGUUGUUCUUGGGGGAAUAUUGUUAGCAAGAAAUAAUGUGAGCGAAUGGCAGGCUGUGCAUCAAGAUAUCAAGGCUUAUAUAUUUAAGGGCAAAACUAUUGGCAAAGAAGGUGAAUUACAGAGGAUUUUGGCUCUAAGCUACUAUGACUUGCCUUCCCAGUUGAAACCAUGUUUUCUGUAUUUGGGAUCCUUCGCGGAUGAUGCUGAGAUUCCUGUAGACACAUUGUAUCAAAUGUGGAUUGCAGAAGUACUUGGUGGAAUUGGACAACGUGGAAUGGUCCAACUACAAACAUCAGAGCUGCCUGGAAUUAGAGGAUUCAGGUCAUGCCGCCUCCAUGAUCUGAUGCGCGACUUUUGCUUACUUCAGGCCGAUGCUGAAAGUUUUCUCAAUUAUAUCAGAUAUUCCUCUGAAGGAAACGAUAGUUAUGAACCAUAUGGAUCACUAAAUGAAUCUUCCAUCUGUAAACUUCGACGCCUUGCCAUCAGUCUUGGUCCAGAUCAGUACAUAUAUGUUUCCCCCAAAAAGGAAAUUGCAAAGUACCUCAGGAUGUUUCAAUUGGCAGGGAACAAGAAAUUGUACGCGAGAGCCAUCAUAGAGUCCAUUAAUUCUCAACUGAACUGCUGUGUGGUGCUACGAGUUUUGUCACUUGAAGGUUUACAUCAGGAGGCUACCAACAAGCUGCCAAAAGCAAUAGGAAAGCUAGUCCAUUUGAGGUACAUGAGCUUGAGAGAUUCUUACUUUCAGUCACUCCCAUCUUCUCUUGGCAAAUUGAAGCAUUUGCAAACCCUUGAUCUAAGAUUAGGUAAUCAGAGUUGGAGAUUACCGAAUGUUUUCUGGAAGAUGACAGGAUUGACAUAUUUAUACCUACCUCAUGGGAGAUAUUAUAUGCAGUCGAACAGAUUAAGACUUGAUGGCUUGAACAAAUGUGAGAAAUUUGAAAACCUGGAGCUGAUUGCAAAUCAUGUUCAGAGGAGUAACAAGUUACAACAAGUGUCCAUCCACAACCAUUGUGAUUCCAGUUCAAUGAGUGGCGGCAAAGGGGUGAAGGUUCUAAAACAACUCUUCUUUGGAAGAAAUGUAUAUUGUUUGAGUACUUCAGUGGCAUUGUGGAAGGAAAGUCCUGAACUUGAAUCUAACAAUAUGUUGUCAAGCCUUGUUGAGUUAGAGGUUAAUUAUGGCGGCUUGGACGCCGAAGAGACAAUAUGCGAGACGGUAGAGAAAUUCAGCCAUUUGCGUAAACUCACAUUGAUUGGACUUCGCCGGAAAGAAAUGAUUUUCAAUGCUGGGGGUUUUCCUCAACUCAGGAUACUUGAACUUUGGAAGUUUGAGAACCUGGAAAGAUGGGUGGUGGAGAAAGAUGCAAUGCCUCACCUUCGUACUCUUUGGAUCUCGAGAUGGCCAGCCCUAAACGCAAUUCCUGAUGGUUUAAAGUUUGUGACUACCCUUGAAACAUUGAACAUCGAUACAAUGGCUCCGAAUUUCAGAGAAAGGAUCCGGACAUCAGAAAACCAAGAAGGCGAAGAUUUCCAUAAAAUAAGUCAUGUGCCUUUGAUUAGAUAUGAUCAUAACCCCUUGUAA